AUGAUGCUGAUACUGAAAAGCAUGGACCAUAAUUUAUGGCUUCUGAUUCAUGCGAAGAAGGACGAUGAUGGUGCUGAUUCUCGCGGAGGCAGAAAGAGAAGAAAGUUGGCAACUUUUGAAGUUUCUGUUUCCACAAAAUUUUCUGUGCAAGAACACCAUAAUGCAUGUUCAAGAAUCCCAAAAACCGGUUCUAAGGUGCUUGACUCGAAGAACACAAAGAAAGAAGAGGAAGAACAUCACAAUGCAUGUUCAAGAAUCCCAAGAACCGGUUCUAAGGUGCUUGACUCCAAGAACACGAAGAAAGAAGAGGAGAUGAAGGUUGUUCUGAAUGAGCAGAGAAUGGAUCGUUAUCAAAAGAUACAGUGUUGGGUGAUCUUGAAGCACUUCAUGGUUGAAAGAGAUGGCUGGACUUUCAAUAAGACUCUGGAUUCCAAGAAGUUAGGGAUUCUUGGCAACAAAUAUGAAAGUGUGUUGUUGAAGCCAAUAGCGUUUGAGGAUAUAGAGUCAAAGAUGCACAAAUUCGUGUAUUCAGGGUCUGAUGAAUUUGCAAACGAUAUGAGGCUUUUGUUUUCUUAUGGAUUCAUGUACCCUCAGAGGGAUCAGAUUCAUAGAGUUGCAAGGAGAUUCAAUGAAAGCUUUAAAAUUACUUGGAAGGCUUUGACGGAAAAGUGGUCAACUGAAUAG